ACCAGGAAGUAUGAAACAUAACACCGAGGUGCUUUCACUUUUAGCAAUGUAUGUAGCGAAGACAGAAAACGAAUAAUACCGACAAGCCUCCGACACCUUUUUGAUAACGAGAGAUUCAAGGAUGGAAGAUGCAGAGGAAAGCCGGAUGGAGGAGAUGCUCAUGUGUCCAGUGUGCCAGGACAUAUUCAAGGAUCCUCGGCAGCUGCCCUGUGGACACAGCAUGUGUAUGACCUGCCUGGAAGGCCUGAUGGAUCACUCCUCAGACGUCCCAUUCAAGUGCCCAGACUGCAGGGCGAAUUUUGGUCAGGUUGUUACUGUGCAGAAGAGCUACGCGCUGGCCAGCAUCGCAGAGGACUUCAGGCUGAGCAGGAGGACCAGGGAAAAGCAAACAAAAUGUGUGUACUGCGACUACUGCCCAGAGAAAAACAUCUUGGCUGUCAAGACAUGUACGAAGUGUGAGGUGUCGCUGUGCAAAGAGCACGUCAAGGACCACCAGGAGCUGCCGGUGUUCACUGGGCACCCUCUGGUGGGACCGCUGAGCGACCUCGCAGAGAGGAGGUGCCCACAGCAUGAGGAUGAGGUGCUGAGGUACUAUUGCAAGUCAUCCAGACGCUACAUCUGCAGCAUUUGCACACUGGAGGGCAAGCAGCUUAACGUGGCCACUGAGGCCUCCACUGUCCUACGGAGACAACUUACCGAAUACAUGGACCAGCACUUUAAAACGCUCAUGGAACAAAUCACAGAAUCCAGCAACACUGUAAGAAAACUGCAAGAAGACAUUCAUCAUAACAAACAGAAGAUAAACCCCGCUAGCUCCAUCAACGGUGUCACCAUAGUCCUGCUCUUUCUCUGGUUCAUAGUUCUCUAUUACGCCUACAACUUCUCUGUGGAGAACCAGACGCUAACAGAAGCGCUGGACGAGCAACAGAACCGCGUGCAUGACAUCUAUUCCACCAUCGCAGAAAGUUUUGUUUAUCAUCCCAUGAAAAGCUACAGACCUAAAGAAACAGAAGAUCAAGGAGCUUUCAUGUUGGACCUCGACACUGUCAAUCAUGUCCUUGGAGUCUCUGCUGAUCUCAAAACAGCUGAGAGAGUGAAGGCAAAGCUGGAUUAUCCCAACAGUAACAGCCGUUUCGAUGAAGCCCCGCAGGUCCUCUCUUCCCAGUGCUUCUCCUCUGGUGUCCAUGUCUGGGAGGUGGAGGCUGAGGGGCACUGGGAAAUUGCUGUAUCCUACAAGAGCAUCCAACGAAAGUGCAGGGAAACCAGCGCCUUUGGAAACAACACCGAGUCCUGGAGUCUUGUGCACAAAGGCAAAGGGAACCUGUUUGCCUGCCAUAACAAAACCAAAACUCCUGUAUCUCGUGCCUUGCAGAGCAGCCGAAUAGCAGUGGUGGUUAAUUUUGAGGAGGGCAGCAUCUCAUUCAGUGCUGUAGAUUCCACCGUCACACAGCUGCACGAAUUCAAGGCUGAACUGAGUCAGCCAGUGUGUCUGGGUUUGGGGCUUCAUCACUUGGAUCCACCCAGCCGAGCGUCCAUUGUCAAAGCUUCCUGAAUAAUACCGCACACUGUCCCAACAUUCAGACAACACUAUGUGCACACUGCCUCCAGU